CGGUCCUCGGUUCCCUCCACUCCAACGCGUUCGCGUAAUUGUACUUUUUCCAUUAGGGCUUCCGAUUUUUGCUUCAAUUGAAAAUCCGAAGUCCCAAAUUCCAACUUUCCUAACAAGUACAUGCUAAUCUAUUUCAAAUAAGAAGAUUAGGGUUCAGUUUUCAAGCCACCUGCCGGAGGUUGCGUCAAAUUUUCUCUUCCGAUUAUAGCAUGGAUCCACGAUAUACUGGGGAGACACUCAAACACUUGGAGAAGCAGAAUGAGUUGCUUACGGAAGCCCAUAGAUCAAUGUCUCGUGAAUUGCAUAAGCUUCAGGUUGAAGAAGAGAUGCUAAUGCGCAAAUAUUACGAGCUUAUGACUGCCCAUGGUCUUACUCACAAGAAUGAACUCAGCAAUAAACUUUCAGAUGAUGGAGAAACCAGAUGCUCUGCUGCUUUAGCGAAACCAAUUGAAAGCGAAAAAUAGUGAGGGAUUCAAGAAGUUUGGAUAAGCAUCUCAAACCUUUUAAUUAUUAAUCUGUCAAAUCAUCUCUCCCCAAAUUUAGCAUGUAAUUAAUUGUUUGUGAGCUGGUAAAUUCAGUGUUCAAUGGAAAUUUUUUGUUUUUCAAUUAAUUGGAACAGAAAUAAUUCCUUGAGGAUGAAAUGCAGUUGUUUGAAUCUGUUGUUUCUUCCUCUUAUAGGUGAAAUUUUGAACAUUUUAGCUCAUGUCUUGGUACCUUCUGGGAUUUCAAUGUUUUCCUUUAUGAGUUUAUUCAACAAACGAGGUGGAUAAUUUGGUGACAUCUAAGUCCAUCUCCUCUAAUUUUUGUUCAAAAGAAAUGUCUGUCCAUGGUUGUGCAGUCUAUGUUAUCAUUUGACUUUAGGGACCUGGUACUUGUUAUCACUUACAAGGUUGGUCUCUGGCCACAAUCCAGAUAAGGUU